AAGUUGAAAGAAGAAAGCAUAACCGACGGUCACCACCACGGUGUCUGGUGUUACUAAAAAUGGCCUACCACCAGGAUGCGGAGUUACAGGAUAGAAUUAAAGAUCAGGGCGUCAACGUCAGGAAAUUAAAGGAAGCCGGGGGAGGUCGAAAAGCUGAGAUGUCUAUGGCACAGCUUGGUGGUGAUGUCCAGAAGAAGUCUAUCCUCAAGACUGCCAAGGGCACGCGGGACUAUAACCCCAAGCAGAUGGCCAUUAGAGAGCGUGUGAUGAAUACGAUCAUAACCUGCUUCAAACGUCACGGUGCUGAGACGAUUGACACACCUGUGUUUGAACUCAAGGACACUUUAAUGGGGAAGUAUGGAGAAGAUUCCAAGCUGAUCUAUGAUCUGGCUGACCAAGGCGGGGAGAGCCUCUCACUUAGAUAUGAUCUUACUGUUCCGUUUGCCAGAUAUCUCGCUAUGAAUAAGGUCACCAAUAUCAAGAGGUAUCAUAUCGCUAAGGUGUAUCGACGAGACAACCCCGCUAUGACUAAGGGGCGCUUUAGGGAGUUCUACCAGUGUGAUUUCGACAUCGCUGGCGAAUAUGAUCUGAUGAUCCCGGAUGCAGAAUGUGUGAAAAUAAUCUCAGAGAUUCUCACUGAACUUAAACUGGGGGACUUCGUUAUAAAGUUAAAUCACCGUAAACUCCUCGACGGCAUGUUUGCUGCUUGCGGUGUCCCGGACGAAGAGUUCAGGACGAUAUGUUCAGCAGUUGACAAACUCGACAAGACACCCUGGAACGACGUGAAAGCAGAAAUGAUAAACGAGAAAGGGCUUUCCCCCAUUGUGGCUGAUAAGAUCGGCACAUACGUACAACUUAACGGCGGCACGGAGCUUAUUGAAAGGUUACUGAAAGACCCGCACCUCUCGGCGAAUGAGGCGGCAGUUGAUGGACUGGAGCAGAUGAAGUUGUUGCUGAGAUAUUGUGAUCUGUAUGGAGUCCUGGAUAGGGUAUCAUUUGAUCUGAGUCUUGCACGAGGUUUGGACUACUACACUGGCGUUAUUUACGAGGGUGCACUGAAAGGCCAAUUUACAAAUGCGUCAGGUGAGCUGGUUGGAGUUGGAAGUGUUGCUGGUGGCGGGCGAUACGACGGACUCGUGGGGAUGUUCGAUGCCAAGGGCAAACCGACGCCGUGUGUCGGUUUUAGUAUAGGAGUAGAACGAGUCUUCUCCGUAUUGGAGGCGAGGGAAAUGGCUGCCGGUAAGAAAACACGUACGACUGAAACAGAGGUGUAUGUUGUGUCCGCUCAAAAGAAUCUGACUGAGGAGAGGAUGAAGUUAUGCUCAGAACUUUGGGAUUCAAAUAUCAAAACCGAAGCGUCAUACAAGAAAAAUCCCAAAACAUUGGCCCAGUUCCAGUAUUGUGAAGAAAUGGGUAUUCCAUUGGCUGUCAUCAUUGGUGAAUCAGAAUUACGGAAUAAUAUUGUUCAGCUUCGAGACAUAGUCACACGAGAAGAGGUUGAAGUGCCUAGGGACAAAAUGGUCGAAACAAUACGAGCCAAGUUGUCAAGUUCAGAAUAAUACGUCGCUUACAGUGGACGUAUUUGUUCUUACACAUUUCUUUUAUCAUUCCUGAGCAUUCACGGACUAUUAAUAUGCUGGCUAACGUAGAAGACUUUGUUGCAAUAUUUCAAUAAUUGGUAUUCCUAGAGCACUGAGAAUGUCAUCGUGAUAGGGUGUGGUCAUUUCUAUAUCUGGUCCCAACCAGUUGACUGGGGCUGCACUUGCGACCGUAUGGUAGUGUGUAAAUAAAUGUUAAAACGAGUCUUGAAACAAGCGAAACUAAACGAUCCAAAUAAACGUUUUAAACUGGAACUGAAAGAUCAAGUCUACAUAUAAUAUUCAUUGUAGGAUACGGUCAAGUAUGUUUAUGGCAUAAAAUAAAAUAGUAUUCACAUAGUCCCAUUCAAUUUGGUUCAUUUUCUGUUUUGCGAGGUGCACCAUCGAACGUUUCAUUCACUCGUUUAUUUUGGCUUGUUUAAAACUGACUCAAUGGUGCCAAAUUAAGUUGGUCUGAGUGAAUAAAAGUGCUUUUUCAUUUCAUGCAAAUUUCAACCUAACGCUUUGCAAUCAUAUAACAUCCAAACGUGAUAUGCAAUUUCAUGUUUAGAAUGUGUAUUUGGUUCGUUAAGUUUUAUUUGUUUGGCUCGUUUCAACAUUUACAUACUACCGAUCGAAUAACCAAAUCAUUAUCUGCAAGUUGCAACAUCACCACAUCCCUGUAUAUAUGAUAUUUUAGUAUAAUCCUAAACAGAGAGAAAACUCGGAUUAUUAUGUAGGAGUAUGACACAGCUUAUAGGGGAUGUAAAUUGUUAACAAUGUGUAGCAAGUUUAUCAACACCUUGGGUGCCCUGGGGCUUGUACUAUAUACCUGACUUGUACGACGGGGGGGGGGGUACAGUACAGUUCCUAUAUUUCCCGGUACAUAUGCAGGGAUAAUUCUUCGCAGUAGCGCUGCGCCACGUCUGAAUUUCCUCCGCCAUGGUUGCCCUUUUUUACAUCAAAGCCUGAGAAUGUAGUCCGCCGUAAAAUGGUGGCUCCCUAGCUCUGUUCAGGAUUUAGAUUUCAUUUAAGAAGUCUUUCUCAUGGUCUUAUUGUGUUCCAUACAAUUCAAGUUGAUUUAUUAUCUAUGUAAUGUAAUGUAAAUAUGCAUUUAUAUAGCGCACGUUCCAGGUCGUAAUGAUCUGCUCACAUGCGCUUUACAUCAUUGUACCUACAUGUAUAUGGCUGCAUUGCUGACAAAUUUCUUUUUCUGAUGAAGACAGCUCUUUUGUUCCUUUUUGGUCCAUUAUACUGCGAGGUAUUAACUUUAAUAAAGGGGGAACACGGGUACCGGGAAACGUAGGUACUAGGAAACAUAGGUGCCUGGGUACUAGGAGGUUCAUGUUUAUGCGGUUUUUAUUCAGAUUGUAUUGCUUCUGUCUUGAAUAGGUAAGACUUUUUUCGCAAAGACUGUUAUGAAUCGUUGUGGAAAUUGUUAGAGGGGAAAAUGCCAAUAAAAUCAAUUUAUUGUAUCAGA